CAUGGGAAGAGACUCUGCCAUCCAUUCACUGGGCAGCUCAUACCUGUCAUUACAGAUCCCUUAGUGGAGCAGGAGAUGGGUACAGGGGCUGUGAAAGUGACACCAGCUCAUAGCUAUGCUGACUAUGAAUUAGCUCAUCGGCAUGGACUGCCUUUGGUUUCAGUGAUUGAGGAAGAUGGUACAAUGACUGCAGAGUGUGGGGAAUGGCUGCAGGGCCAGAAUAGGUUUGUGGCUCGAGAGAAGGUAUUGGCUGCUUUGAAGGAGAAAGGUCUUUACGGAGGUGCAAAAGAACAUCCCUUGGUGCUUCCUCUUUGCAGGUAA